CUUUCAUUCAGAGUGUGAUUGACAGACAACGUACAACGUACUCAGUGAUUCUGUGCGAAUUUUUUUCGAAACUAUAUUCUCAGUUCAGUUUUUGUAAACGUAAACUCAUUCAAAAUGCCAGAAGUUUGGGAAGGAAAAGCCUAUAAAAUGACCGAAUCUGAAAAUUUCGAUGAAUACAUGAAGGCACUCGGUGUUGGAUUUGUUCUUCGCAAGAUCGGAAAUUCAGUGACUCCAACCGUCGAAUUGAAAAAAGACGGCGAUACCUACACCUUGGUAACAUCGUCAACAUUCAAAACAUCAACGAUCUCAUUCAAAUUGGGCGAAGAAUUCGAUGAAGAAACAUUGGAUGGUCGCAAAGUCAAGAGCGUCAUUACAUUGGAUGGUAAUAAAUUGGUGCAAAAACAAGGUGGCACACCACCAUCCGACAUUAUCCGUGAGUUUGACGGAAAUAAUAUGGUGGCCACGAUGACCGUUGGUGAAGUUACUUGCACUCGCAAAUAUGCCGCCCCAGAAUAAUCAACUCACCAUUUUUCAUGACACUCAGUAUUCAUUCGCAACACAACAAAACACAACAACAACAACAACAACAACAAAAGAUGAAUAAAUUUUUGAGAGAAUAGAAGAAGACAAAAAUGGAGCACAUUCCAAUGUAAAGAGAAUGUUGAUAAAAUGCAAAUACCAUCACAUACAUGCGAUCGAUACGUCAGGAAAAAAAACAACAAUAACAACAUCACCAUUACAAAAAUUCAUUUGGACUGGAUUGACUUGAAGCUAUAUUAUCUUUGGAAAUAUUAUUUUUAGUUUGUUUCAAAUGCGAGCAUUAUCUUUGUUUUGGCUUUAAAUACGAAAAAACAUACCACGUACUGAUAUUUCAUGGAAAAAUAAUACUGAAACCGCGAUACCAAAAUAUUCUCUUGACUUUU